AUGUUCAAAGCUGCUGAUUACAAUCUUGUACCAAGGGAUGCCAUGUCAAUGCUGGACUUUGAUGUACUUUAUAUGUUGGAAUGUAAUAUUACGCAUGGUUACUUACAUGAUUACAAUCUCAAUGACGAAUUCAUGGACUCACUUGCUCGACAAAAGAAAGAGACUUUACGUGCUCGUCACCGCGUGAAUAUGCUGGAUACUAGCGUAGAUGGCUGA